GACAAUUCUGCCAAGUUUUCAUGAAAAUGCAAAUGCAGUCUUUAACUGAUUCGCAAACUCCUCGUAGAUAUAUAGGAAAUAAUUCAUCACUUCUGACAAAAUACGAUAUUCCCAUAACACAUUUAGAUUUUUCCUACGUUGAAACAUGCGAGGACAGAAGAGAAUUAGAAAGAAUUUUGGAAAUCUUGAAAUCAGGAGAAGAAGGUUACUACGUGGAAUUGAUGAGAGCAGUGGAGGAUAAACUCAAAAUUCUCCAUCCCAAGAGUAAAUUCUUGAGGAACACUUCCAGAGUAUUAUCGAAAGAUGAGCUAGAAAGCCGAGAAUGGAAUGAUAUCUCGACAGAUUUGAGCGAAUGGAUUAUUGACAUAUCCGAGGAUAAUAAGGAGUUGGAGAUCAAUAAGGGUAAGAAAAUUCCAAAACCGAUAGAAAUGAGGAAGGUUCGUGAGUGUGAAGUCGCUGUUGAAGAAAAGAAGACUAAACCACAAAAAAUCAAAUCUACUGAUUAUGCAAGUUGGGAUAAAUACGAUGUGGAUGCUGAACUGUUGAGCAUGGAUUUGAAAGAAGAUAAAUUGAAAGAAAUUGCAAAAAAGCAAUGCUCUAGUGAAACGAAAAAGAAAAGGGUAAAAUUUAAUAUUCCCUCAACAGAGGUCGAAAAUAAACUUGAAGCUAAAGAGGAGAGAGAAAAAGGCAACGAAUAUUUCAGGGCAGGAGACUACAACUCAGCACUAAUACACUAUUCAGCUAGCGUAGAUUGUAUUCCCACAACCGAAGCUCUCAAUAACCGAGCCAUGACUUAUCUGAAGUUGGAACGGUACGAAAGUGCAAUCAAAGACUGUGAUUCUGCUCUAUGUUUAGAUCCAGUGAAUUUGAAGGCUAACUGGAGGAAAUCGAUGGCUUCAUAUCAUUUGGGGGACUAUCAAACUGCUUUGAAAUGCAUUGAGAUGUGCGUUGAUAUCGAACCUAAUAAUGAAGAAAUUCAAAAUUUCGCAAACUGCGUCAGAAAAAAAUGCAAAGAAACUCACUUAGUUAAAAGGAGAAUGCAAAUUAAGGAUGUUACAGAAACGGAAGUUAAUUCUGAUACUAGUAACUCAGUUACCGAGUAAUAUAGGGUGUAUCGAGCUCUCUAUAGUUUUUUGCACCAAACUUUCCAUUUCAUCCAUGUUUUCAUUCAUGCUAAAUAAAUUUCAAGAAAUCAA